AUGAACGAUGAACCUCCAAGAAGGAACUUCACCAAAAAACCAAAAAAUCCGUCCGAUGGUUCUGUAAACUACGCGUACUCCAGAUCUAGCAGCAGUUGCAGUUCUCCAAACGGCAAUCUGCCGACGAUAUCUGAACACGUAGAACAGUACGGAACCUACAGAGUCUGCUCUCCACACUCACCACCGAGGAGCAUGAGCAAUAUAAACUGCUAUGAAUCGAAACUAGACAAAUAUUUCUCAAAACCGAGAGAUUUGAAGACCUUCACUGCAAAGGGUUCUCAUCCCGACAGUUUGUACCGCGUGUCUUCAGAGGAAGCUGCUAGUUCAGACCGGUUGAUGCGCGCCCUACGUCUACUCCGCUGGCCGCUAGCGCUGUUCACAGUCUGCCUAGCUUUAGCUGCCUUUGUGUACUUUUUGAUGCCAGUUAAUAUGGAUUCCGAAAUAGACGUCGUGAACGCAACGUUUUGGGAGGAGAGUAUAUCGGAGGCGCAAUCACAUAGUGCUCCAAAAAUAUCGAAGAAUCCGAACGAUGAGAAGAAAACGCGACCGCUGGGUAAGACACCGGAAAUCGACUUUUAUGACGCUGAUAACGGUAACACGAAUGAUUUAGGAUCGAUAGUUGAUAUGGCAGGACCGAACAGAAAGUUGCCCGCGCCACCAGUGUUCCCCAGUCACGUUUCGCUUGAAGUGCAAUAUGGAAACGAAAAAGCUGAUUCGGAUAAGGCGCGCAUGUCCAAAGUUCUUAAAGAAACUGAGGAUGAAUCGACUUUAAAACCGCAUAUAACUCAGAAACCAGAAAAACCAUUAGCUAUCUACUUCAAAGAUACGAAUAGCAUCACGACAUCAACGGACGCUGGAUUAAUAGCAGAGACAUUCACAAAUGCUGAAUCCUCAAACGAUAUCGCUAUAUUUUUGAAGAAACAACCUAACAAAUUAGUGGAACAAAACAAACUUCAUCAAACAAAUCCUUCUUCGUUCAACAAAAAUGAUAUCAAGACGCAUUUAAUUGCUCCCGAAGUGUCAGAGUACUACGUCCGUCCAGCUGUCAACAGCGAAGUUAAAUUCACAUCAGGUCAUUCUAAGUUCUUUGGUAUUUCUAUAGAGGACGCCCAAAAUAUGAAAUCGACGACUCAAAAUUCACUCUAUAACACCAGAGUAUCGCCCACUCUGCCGACCUGGAAAGACAGAGGUGACGCCACAACUAAAAAAUAUCCCAUUAACUACGACGCUCCCCAAUGUCGUUCAACUCGUCUGUCUAUCUGUCGUGGUGUUCUUCCCUACGACCUGGCCAGCGCCCCAGCCUCAAUCGCCAUGACGGACGUCACCACGCUCCUACCACAGAUAGAGUACCUCGUGAGCACAAACUGCAGUGAACGUGUCAGACACUUCGCUUGCUCGUUACUUGAACCCGAGUGCAGCCCACCACCGUACACACCGAAACUACCCUGCUAUAAUUUCUGCAAAGCAAUCGUGGACAGUUGCGAGGGUUAUAUACCAAGCGAGCUACAGCCAAUGUUUUCGUGCAAUCAAUACUCCACUGGUAACUGCGCCCCCGCCCGUGGUCCGUGCUAUCAGCGGGAGUUAGCUUGUGGGACGGGACUUGUGUCCCAAGGGACUGGGUUUGUGACGGGACAAGGGACUGUCCCGCCGGUGAAGAUGAAGCACCGUGCUCAGCUUGCGGGGAUAAUGAGUACCGGGAUGUGCAUUACCAAACGGUGGUUAUGCGAUGGUUACGCGGACUGCGCUAGUGGGGAGGAUGAGAGAGAGGAAUUGUGUAGAGGAAGAUUAAGGAACGGUCUGCUGAGGAACAGACAGCAGAAUCUAGCGGGGAGAUACGAGGGAGGGGAAGACACACACGAACCGGGGGAGGAACUGGCGGGAUCCGCACCAGCGCCAUCUGUGAGGAAACCGAAUAGAUUACCGUACGGAAGGAAUGGUGAAAAUGAAAGCAGCAAGGAAUUGCUCAUGACGAGUGACAGCAACAGCGGCUUCAGAAGAAACUACACACGAAGACCAUCACCGUCGCGUCUCACGCCAUACAAACGAUUACAAACCAUAACACAGAUGCAGGAGAAGACGUCCUCUGAAGAAGAGAAGGAAUUACUGUUCUUAGAGACGUCACUCACUAAACAAAACAAACAAUAA